CUUCUGGUUAAAAUAGGGACAGAAGUGACCUCUCUUUCUCCCUGGUCGCCAUUACAAUCCCCACCCGUCCAAAAGUGGUCUCUGGGUGUCUUAGUCUGUUUGAGCUGCCAUAACAAAAUAUCAUAGCGAGUGACUCAUAGACAACAUAAAUUUCUCAGUUCUGGAGGCUGGAACUUCAGUAGAUUCGGUGCUUUUGGUCCAUAGACACUGUGUCUUCUUGCUGUGUCUUCCUAUGGCUGAAGGGCAGGUGAGUUCUCUGGGGCCUCUUUUAUCAGGGCAUUAAGUCCCUUUCAUAAAGACUCUGCCCUCGUGACCUAACUACCUCCCAAAGACCUCACUUCUAAAUACCAUAACAUCGGGAAUUAAGCUUCAAUGUAUGAAUUUUUAGGGUGACACAAACAUUCAACCUAUAGCACAGGAGCAUAACCAAGGGCCCCACAGAGGGCAGUUUCAAAGCCUCCAGUCUCUUGAGUCUCUACAGCCAACAGUCCUCAGCUCCAAGGGCAGGCCUCCAUGGACCACCAACAUCCCUCCCGUCCCUGACUCCCUCCACAGACCUUCAGGCAAACCAGAAACCAAAGACCGCCUACUGGCUGUGUGAUCUCGGACUGCCAUUGACUUCAGGUAACUAAAACCAUGGAAGGCAAAACCUUGGAUGAUGUGGGGAGCCCUCUACCUUCAGAACUGACCUGCAACCAGACGUGAGUCCCAGCAGGCCCCUGAAGCCUUCGCCAAAGGGAUCUGUGAUCCAGGGUAACUGUGCAUUUGGAAAAGGAAGUAAUCAGAGGUUUUCAUGGACUGCUAGACACCGGCUCUGUGCUGACGUUGAUUCCGGGAGGCCCAAAAUGUUACUGUGGCCCUCUGGUCAGAGGCGAGGCUCAUAGAGAGAAGCGGCACAGCACCAGCUAGGCAGAGACGCCCCAGGCCAUGUCAGAGCUUUGAGUGAGGCCUGGUAACAGGGAGGCGCUGUCACCUACUGGCCUUGCCAAUCCAGUUCCAAGAUGCUGAGCCUGAAGCUUCCCAGGCUGUUUAGCAUAGACCAGAUACCCCAGGUGUUCCAUGAGCAAGGCAUCCUGUCCGGCUACCGCCAUCCACAGAGUUCUGCCACUGCCUGCAUCCUCAGCCUUUUCCAAAUGACCAAUGAGACUCUCAACAUUUGGACUCACUUGCUGCCCUUCUGGUUCUUUGCAUGGAGGUUUGUGACUGCACUGUAUAUGACAGACAUCAAGAAUGACAGCUACUCCUGGCCCAUGCUUGUGUACAUGUGCACCAGCUGCGUGUACCCGCUUGUGUCCAGCUGUGCGCACACCUUCAGCUCUAUGUCCAAGAAUGCCCGGCACAUUUGCUACUUCCUGGACUAUGGCGCCGUCAACUUCUUCAGCCUGGGCUCAGCCAUUGCCUACUCUGCAUACACGUUCCCGGAUGCACUGAUGGGCACCACCUUCCAUGACUACUAUGUGGCCCUGGCUGUACUGAACACCAUCCUCAGCACAGGCCUCUCCUGCUACUCCAGGUUUCUUGAAAUCCAGAAGCCCAGACUCUGUAAGGUGAUUCGUGUCCUCGCCUUUGCUUAUCCGUACACCUGGGACUCCCUCCCCAUCUUCUACAGGCUAUUCCUGUUCCCAGGGGAGAGUGCACAAAAUGAAGCCACCUCGUACCACCAGAAGCACAUGAUCAUGACCCUCCUGGCCUCUUUCUUGUACUCUGCACAUCUGCCGGAACGCCUAGCCCCUGGACGCUUUGACUACAUUGGUCACAGUCACCAGCUGUUUCACGUGUGUGUGAUCCUGGCCACGCACAUGCAGAUGGAAGCCAUACUUCUGGACAAGACUCUGAGGAAGGAAUGGCUCCUAGCCACCUCCAAGCCCUUCUCUUUCUCUCAGAUAGCUGGAGCCAUACUUCUGUGCAUCAUCUUCAGCCUCAGCAACAUAAUUUAUUUCUCAGCUGCUCUGUAUCGGAUUCCCAAGCCAGAAUUACAUAAAAAAGAAACAUGACUCAGACCAUAAGCUUUUCAUGCCAGAUGUCAACAUUAAGCUGCAACACCCUAACCACCAUAAGCCAGAGGUGGUUACAGCUUAUCAUGGCCUAAAAUAUUCAUAAUGGUUGGUGUCUUUUGAAUGAAUUCAUGUCAAAAAUGUAUUCAGUUGGGGAAAUUUCUCUAAAUGUA